AUGACAGACACCACCCUGGCAAAGGAACUGACCCCAGAGGAUGUCCAUAUCGAGGGCUUCGCACACCAUGCCGAGGACAUCACGGCGGACCGGGAGCCCUAUGGCCCCCCAGGUCUGCGUGGCCUGGUGCAGAACCCGUUCGUGUUGAUGUGCGCUGCGUGCUCGACGCUCGGUGGUCUGCUCUUCGGAUAUGAUCAGGGCGUCGUGUCUAUAAUCCUGGUCAUGGACCAGUUCCUGGAGACCUUCUCUCGCAUUGACAGCUCCAGUGGGGCGUUCUGGAAGGGUCUCUUGACAGCGAUGAUCGAGCUGGGUGCUCUGCUGGGCGCGCUGAAUCAGGGUUGGAUCGCGGAUAAGAUUUCCCGUCGCUACUCGAUCGUCGUGGCGGUCAUUAUCUUCACAGUCGGCUCCAUCUUGCAGACUGCCGCCGUGGAGUACUCCAUGCUGACAGUCGCGCGGCUGAUUGGUGGCGUGGGCAUUGGUAUGCUGUCGAUGGUCGCGCCCCUUUACAUCUCCGAAAUUAGUCCCCCCGAGUGCCGUGGAACACUCCUCGUUCUGGAAGAGUGGUGUAUCGUCCUUGGUAUUGUCAUCGCUUACUGGAUCACUUAUGGCACGCGGUACAUGCCUGGCGAAUGGUCCUGGCGCUUGCCUUUCCUCCUCCAGAUGAUCCCUGGGUUCAUCCUUGUCGCUGGUGUCAUCAUGCUCCCUUUCUCGCCCCGUUGGCUUGCCGCGAAGGGCCGGGAUGAAGAGGCUCUCAACAGUCUCUGCAAGCUGCGCAACCUGCCCUCUUCUGAUCGCCGUAUCCGCCAGGAGUACCUUGAGAUCCUGUCGGAGGUCAAGUUCCACCAGCGCAUGAAUGCCGAGAAGCACCCCAAACUUCAGGGCGGUACUUCGAAAGAUGCGAUCUUGCUCGAGCUGGCCUCCUGGGCUGAUUGCUUCAAGAAGGGAUGCUGGCGCCGCACUCAUGUCGGUAUCAUGUUGGCAUUCUUUCAGCAGUUUGUUGGUAUCAACGCCCUGAUUUACUAUUCGCCAACCCUGUUCGGAACCUUCGGCUUCGACACCAACAUGCAGCUGAUCAUGUCGGGUGUCCUCAAUGUCCUGCAGCUGGUCGGUGUCACCACUAGUGUCUGGACGAUGGAUACGCUCGGCCGCCGCAAGCUGCUGAUGGCCGGUGCCGUUCUUAUGGCCAUUUCGCACAUUAUCAUCGCUGCCAUGGUUGGCCAGUACAGCGACAAUUGGCCCGCCCACAAAACACAGGGCUGGGUCAGUGCGGCUUUCUUGCUCUUCUAUAUGAUCGCCUUUGGUGCCUCAUGGGGACCUGUUCCAUGGGCAUUGCCAUCUGAGAUUUUCCCCUCGUCUCUUCGUGCCAAGGGUGUUGCUCUAUCCACCUGCUCCAACUGGUUCAACAACUUCAUCAUUGGUCUCAUCACUCCGCCUCUGGUCCAAGACACUGGCUACGGUGCCUACGUCUUCUUUGCUGUUUUCUGUGUGCUGGCCGGUGUCUGGACGUACUUCUUCGUUCCGGAGACGAUGGGUCGAACUCUUGAGCAGAUGGACCACGUCUUCAAGGAUAACUCGAAUGAAGGCGAGCGCGCGCUUCGCACCGAAAUCGAGACUGAAAUUAUCAAUGCUCAGCGCGAUGUUGUAUGA